AUGCAGGCCGCCAACAAGCUCAAGUCUGUCUUCACCAAGGGCGCCGGCGCCAGCUUGGGCGUCUGGCAGAUGAUUCCCAGUGCCAACGUCUCGCAUCGGGCCAUGCACGAUGCCGUCCCUGCUAUUGCCGCCGCCGGUGUCUCUCCCAUUGUCAGAAUUCCCGACAUUCAGGCGUCCCUCGUGAAGCGCGCCCUUGAUUGUGGCGCCCACGGCGUACGGCCGCCCCCUCUCGACUCCCAGACGCCGACUCUGCUGACACGACGACAGGUCCUCGUGCCCCUCCUGCGUACCGCCCAAGAGGCCAAAGAUCUGGUCCAGGCCGCCAAGUUCCCGCCGUGGGGCCGCCGCGGCUUCGGCUCGCCCUUUGCCAUGGAGCGCUUCACCCCGGCCCCCAGCAUGACCGAGUACCUGCAGCAGGCCAACGGCAGCCUCCUGACCAUGGUGCAGAUUGAGACGCAAGAGGCCCUCGACGCCGUGGACGACAUUGCCGCCGUCGAGGGCAUCGAUAACGCAGCCAACAAUAUCGGCCACCCCGUCAUCGACGGUGUCAUGAAACCCGAGCUGCACGAGGCCAUUGCGCGCGUCUUGGAGGCCACCCACAAGGCGGGCAAGAAGGCGGGCAUCUUUUGCACGUCAGGCGAGCAGGGCAAGCAGUAUGCCGAGCAAGGCUUCGACAUGAUCAGCGUGGCGACCGACUUUACCAUUUUGCAGCAUGCCGUGGCCGACGCCGUCAGCGUUGCGCGCGAUGGGCCGAGGCCGGCCAAGGGCACGUCGUACUGA